UUAUAACGUGAUUGGGCAGGCACGCUGUUUAUAUCUUGUGGAAGCGGACGUGAAAACAGACUGUCGCCGCUGUCCCCACUCAGGUCCGCAUGGAGCUGGAGGCCAGCUCCGGCUGAAUUCCGGGAGAUUUUCGGGAGAAAAUUUCUUCCGGGAGGUUUUCAGGAGAGGCGCUUGGCAGGAGUGGUGGUCUAACAGGCUAUAGAAGGAGAGAAAGGGGGAGGUUGGUACAGUAAAAAAGUGUGUGAAGUCAGCAGGAGCUCCACGGGGCGUGUCCCUGCACCGGCUCUUAGGGCAGAGUGGCUGCACUUCCACACAUCCCGGAGCAGGACCAUGCCGUGCACGGCUUGAUUGUAGCCUAGAAUAAACACAACUACUUAUUUAGAACUAUUCCAAAAAAAAAAAACUGAUUGAAGAUACAGCAGAUUUGUCAUGCGUGCACGCGGAUGGAUCCCGUCCGCGCGUCCGGGCUUCGUCUUGCUGUGCGGUUAUUUCUCCAUCCUGUGCGGCGUGAUGGUGAUGAUGAUGAUGAUGGUGCAUCAAGCCGAGGCUGGCUGCAGGGACCGGGAGAGUCCCAACUGCUGCACCGGCAGAAACAACGACUGCUUCGAGCACACCAGGAGGAAGACGGCGUGCUACUGCGACACGUACUGUCAGAGGACUGGAGACUGCUGCGAGGACUACCAGAGUGUCUGCCAAAUAUCUGCAGCCAUUGACUGUGUGGUGGGCUCAUGGGGUCUCUGGUCCUCAUGCACGUCUCCAUGCGGAGUGGGCAGCACCGAAAGAAGCCGCCAAGUGUCCGUCCCUCCUCGAAACGGAGGCACCCCCUGCCCGGACCUCAAACAGCGCCGAGGGUGCUUCGGAAACAACGAAAUAUGCAGCACAGCGAAAGAGGUGGCAAAGAUCCUUCCAGAUUCCUUCCAGAGGAACUUUAAGGACCCUUGGAGGAGGCCUCACAUGUUGAUAAAGGAGGCGAAGGCCAGCUACUGCGUGUAUUUGAGGGUGAAACAAGCAAGCGCGCCGUGCAAACUCCAACUGUGGAGUGCUCAGCUGGUGAGAGAGAGGCUGGUGUGUGCCGAGUGCCAGAGUGACGCCAUGUCCAAGUCAGACCGAUGUGGAGGAGGCGGUUUUGAAGGCACCAGAACUUUCUGGGCAGCAGCUUCAGUCAUAGGCUGCCAUGGCUCGUGGGUGCGAGAGUCGUCGUCCGAAGGCUGCCGAUGUCCACCUUUCUCUGUCCUCUUUGUGUGAUCGGCCACGGGGCCUAAGCACAUCACCACGUCGAAGGACCAGUUUGUCCACAAUCAGCUCCUGCAAAACUCUAGCAAGGCCUUGUCAGUCAAGCCCCCAGAUCCAGAAUCUCUGGAUGGAUGGCUUCACUCAAGGAGAUCAGCAGCAUCCUGCCACUUGUAUUCGUAUUUUUCAGCUCAUACUCGAUUGUACUGCAUUACUUAGUACGCACGCAGCGACCCGUGCUUCGGUUUUGACUGCCACCUUGUUGUUACUUUCUUUCCUCCAAGCACAGCAAGCUUCACAUGCAUUGUUACCUCUUCUGCUAUCUACCUCUAUAAACGACAUUGCGUAAUAUGCAAAAAAAAAAAAAAAGAUUUUGCUUUAUGCAUUUUCUACUCUUGAUCGUAAUGUUUAUUGUAAUAUAGCUAUAUGUAUUUGUAUCCUCACCUUUUUUACAGUUUAAGGCUGAUUGAAAGGUUUUUUGUUUUGUUUUUACAAAUGGGACACAGAGUCUUGUUCUUUUUUUGUCCAUUUUAAACAGUGGAACCUCUAAAGUUGAUUUUCAAAGAAGCUACACCAGAAUCCACAGACUUAGACCUCGAUGAUGACCAUAGAACAAGAAAUGAGCCUUAAGAGACGACGUAGAAAAGCGGUACACGCUGCUCAGUACAAUAUAGCUAAGUCGACACUUAUAGAAAAGAACGGAACAAAGUGCGAUAGUUUUAAGUGAAGACACCAGCAUGUGAGCAUGUCUGUCAUCAGUGGUCAUCAAGGGUGAGUACACGUUUUAUUGUUUAUUGGUUUUUAUUGAUUGGAAACUGUUAACUUCUUUUUACACGUGUAUGAUAACGUCAAAUAGUCAAAUGUAUGGCAUUUUUAUGACAACCAUGGGUACUUUAACUUUUUAAGCAGUCAUCCUUUAUAUCUCCAUAAGCAUGCGUACAGAUUACAAUAUGUUCCUUUAAUAUUACAAUCUAGUCAUAUUAUCAUAUUUUUUCGAGCAAAAUGUAAACUUUUUGGCAAAAUUGAACUUUAUUCAUAGUGUUAUAGUUUGUCCCAAAUGCUGUAUUGACCUGAAUAUAAGACAACCAUUUUUUCAAGCCCUAUCCUUUGGAAAAUUAUUCUUUAUGACAAAAAUCAAAUACUUUUUUUACAAUCAUGUUUUUAUUUCAGUGAAAUAACAGUAUACAAAAUGGUUGUAUUUCAUAUCAUCCCUCCCCAUUUUGCUAACUUGCGUACAGCGGGCCUCUGUUGGCGGCGGCAUCUCUCCAAGUCAUUGGGGUGUGCGCGAAUGCCAGUAAGAAAAGCUUCGACUCGCUUUGUUGUUUGGUACCACCUGUUGGGUUGCAUAUAUACAGUAUAUACAAAACCCAAAACCAGUCAAGUUGGCACGUUGUGUAAAUCGUAAAUAAAAACAGAAUACAAUGAUUUGCAAAUCUUUUUCAACCUAUAUUCAAUUGAAUAGACUGCAAAGACAAGAUAUUUAACGUUCGAACUGGAAAACUUAGUUAUUUUUUGCAAAGAUUAGCUCAUUUGUAAUUUGAUGCCUGCAACAAAAGCUGGCACAAGUAGCAAAAAAGACUGAGAAAGUUGAGGAAUGCGCAUCAAACACUUAUUUGAAACAUCCCACAGGUGAACAGGGUAAUUGAGAACAGGUAGGUGUCAUGAUUGGGUAUGAAAGCAGCUUCCAUGAAAUGCUCAGUCAUUCACAAACAAGGAUGGGGCGAGGGUUACCACUUUGUGAACAAAUGCGUGAGCAAAUUGUUUAAGAACAAUAUUUCUCAACCAGCAAGGAAUUUAGGGAUUUCACCAUCUACAGUCCGUAAUAUCAUCAAAAGGUUCAGAGAAUGUGGAGAAAUCACUGCACGUAAGCAGCAAGGCUGAAAACCAACAUUGAAUGCCCGUGACCUUCGAUCCCUCAGGUGGUACUGCAUCAAAAACCGACAUCAAUGUGUAAAGUAUAUCACCACAUGGGCUGAGGAACACUUCAGAAAACCACUGUCAGUAACUACAGUUCGUGGCUACAUGUGUAAUGCAAGUUAAGACUACUAUGCAAAGCGAAAGCCAUUUAUCAACAACACCCAGAAAUACUUUCGAGCUGCACCCGAGCUCAUCUAAAAUGGACUGAUGCAAAGUGUAAAGGUGUUCUGUGGUCUGACGAGUUCACCUUUUAAAUUGUUUUUAGAAACUGUGGACGUCGUGUCCUCCGGACCAAAGAGGAAAAGAACCAUUUGGAUUGUUAUAGGCGCAAAGUUGAAAAGCCAGCAUCUGUGAUGGUAUGGGGGUGUAUUAGUGGCCAAGGCAUGGGUAACUUACACAUCUGUGAAGGCACCAUUAAUGCUGAAAGGUACAUACAGGUUUUGGAGCAACAUAUGUUGCCAUACAAGCAACAUUAUCAUGGACGCCCCUGCUUAUUUCGGCAAGACAAUGCCAAGCCAUGUGUUACAACAGUGUGGCUUCAUAGUAAAAGAGUGCGGGUACUAGACUGGCCUGCCUGUAGUCCAGACCUGUCUCCCAUUGAAAAUGUGUGGCCACAACGGCGACCCCGGACUGUUGAACAACUUAAGCUGUACAUCAAGCAAGAAUGGGAAAUAAUUCCACCUGAAAAGCUUAAAAAAUUGGUCUCUUCAGUUCCCAAACGUUUACUGAGUAUAGUUAAAAGGAAAGGCCAUGUAACACAGUGGUAAAAAUGCCCCUGUGCCAACUUUUUUGCAAUGUGUUGCUGCCAUUAAAUUCUAAGUUAAUGAUUAUUUGCAAAAAAAAAAUACGUUCCUCAGUUUGAACAUUAAAUAUUUUGUCUUUGCGGUCUAUUCAAUUGAAUAUAAGUUGAAAAGGGUUAGCAAAUCAUUGAAUUCUGUUUUUAUUUACGAAUUACACAUCGUGCCAACUUCACUGGUUUUGGGUUUUGUAAAUGUAUUAUGUUAAAAGACCUGUUCUGUUUUUAAGACGUUUUAUCUUCGAAAAAAAUAUUACAUUUAGGUCAAUACAGUACUUCUUUGUAUUGCAAAAGUUAGGUUUGAGAACACUUUUUUUUUUUACAUUUCAUAUCGGCGGUAACUUCUUUUUACACAUGUUGAUUGUUAAAACUUUACUUACAAAUACAUGUCUGUACAAUCCAAUUUUUAUUGACCCUGAAAUAAGUUAUUUUUUAAUAACAUUAUUGCCCAUGAGAAAAUGUUGUUUCAAAUAACCAAAUAUUUGACCUUAGAGGUUCCACAAGUGUUUCCAUUCAGUUAAAUCCCAUUAUCAGGUAUGAGUGACUACUCAGGUGCUUAAAGUAGAUUUAUUAGUCUUGGCUAAAAUAAAUCCAACGACUUUUUAGGCAGAAUCUCGUAGGAGUGGGAAAAAAAGCCAUUUAACAACAUGUCAACAUCAUUAAAGAAUUUUCCCUCCCUUCCUCAUUAGACAUUCAGUUACCUUCACAUGGGACUUUUAUCAAUAAUCAUCCUUUUUUCUACCUUUUUACUCCCAAUUUGUAUUCAUUAAUGGCCCAAAAAGGUCAGACACAGCACUUCUUCAUGUGUGUUUCUUCCUGCCAAAAACCAGCAGAUUAACGUAACAUUCUUGACUUGGACAACACAGCUCAUUCAAGCGCACGAAUCCCAGAUACCACACACACAUACCAGAACGUUCCUUUAGGUGCCAAAACCGUGACUUGUUAUACCCCUCCCCACCACUUGUCUGUGUUUGUGUGUAUUUAUUAUUAAACAUUGCAUUUAUUAGUGCCGCGCAUUAUCCUCAUGUACACUCUCCACUAGUGAAAAAAUCAACUAUUUUAUUGUCAACCCUCCUCUUCCUGUCAUAUAUUCUGAUGUCAGAAAUAAAGUCUUCUA